AUGGUUGGGGAUUUUAAUGCGAAACUCGGGAAGAAACAGGAUGAGAGUGAAUUUUCCCUUGGACAACAUGGAAUAGGGGAAAGGAACGAUCAAGGGAACACGUUACUACAGUUUCUCUUGGAGCAUAAUCUACACGCUAUGAAUACUUUCUUUAAGAAAGCUAAACACAGAAGGUGGACAUGGAUCAGCUCUGACGGAAACACCAAAAAUGAAAUAGAUUUUAUUAUUGCCGACAGAAAACGACUUGUACAAGAUGUUACAGUACUAAACCGGGUAUCAGUGGGAAGCGAUCAUAGAAUGGUCAGAGCAACAAUAAUGGUAAACCUAAGAAGAGAAAGGAAAACACUCACCAAGGCCAGCAAUAAGAAAUGGACCGCAGUCACUAACCAUGAUAUCAGCAAACCAUAA